AUGUCAGAGACGGUAUCGGAACCACCACCAGCAUAUUCUUCCCACAUCAUAUCCGACAUUGGAUCCCUGGCUCCAGUAAGGUUUAUCGGCUCAUUGAUAGACGACGAUGAUAGUGCUGAACAUGUAGAGCAUUUCAAGUAUAAACAAGAUUUAGAGCGGAAGUUAACCGUUACUUCUGUCAUUGGUCUAGGAUUCUCCGUCAUGGGAGUUCCAUUCGGGUUGAGUUCUACCUUAUGGAUAAGUUUAAUGGAUGGGGCAAAUGUUACAUUAUUAUACGGUUGGUUAAUCGUGGGGAUUUUCUCAAUAUGUGUAACAUUAAGUCUUUCUGAAAUCAUUUCAAAGUAUCCUACAGCUGGUGGUGUCUACCAUUUCAGUGCUUUAUUGAGCAAUGAAAAAUAUUCCCUGAUUAGUUCGUGGUUCACUGGAUGGUUUCUUUUGAUAGGAAACUGGACAUAUGCUAUAAGUAUCAUGUUUGCCGGAUCGCAAUUUAUCCUUUCCGUAUUUGGAUUAAAGGACCUAGUGUACAACGAGAACAGUUUCUUGGUGUUAAUGGUAUUUAUGAUAAUAUUGCUAUUCUCAGGAUUUAUUAACUUCUACUUUGCAAGAUAUUUGGAAAAGAUUAACCGAGCAUGCAUAUAUUGGACAAUUUACACGGUUCUUGCCAUUGACUUUCUUUUAAUAUUUUAUGCCAAACGAACAAACUCAAUCAAGAGUAUAUUGACUACAUUUGAUAACUCCCGAUCAGGAUGGCCUGAUGGAAUCGCAUUUAUGGUGGGGUUACAAUCUUCAUCGUUCACAUUAACGGGAUACGGAAUGCUAUUUUCAAUGACUGAUGAAGUCAAGAAUCCCGAACGUAAUAUGCCCAAGGGGGCAAUAAGCGCAGUGCUAAUGGCCACCAUCACUGGAUUCAUAUUCAUUAUCCCUAUCCUUACAAUUUUGCCAGAAUUAAAACUACUCCUUGAUGAGAAUCCAAACAUCAUGCCCAUUGAUUUAGUGUUCAAGCUUGCUACUGAAUCAUACCUUAUUUCCUUUUUAAUGGCCUGUCUUAUGAUUGGGACCGUGAUUUUCCAAUCCAUUGGGUCCUUAACAACCGCAUCAAGAAGCACUUAUGCAUUAGCUCGUGAUGGAGCUUUACCAAUGUCACAUUUGUUCACCACAGUUAAUUCGAUUGAAGCCUACACUAUCCCACGUAAUGCCCUUUUCUUAUCUAUGGCGGUGUGCGCUGUCAUCUCCUUGCUUUCAUUAGUGUCCCAAUCGGCAUUUAACGCAUUCAUGGGUGCCGCUGUUAUCUCAUUAACUAUCGCCAAUGGUAUUCCUAUUUUGUGUCUUAUGUUGAACAAAAGAAAGAAAAUUAAAGGUGCUGCAUUCAGAUUAAGAAGAUUAGGAUGGAUCAUUAAUGGAAUUGCAGUGGCUUGGGUGUGUCUUUGUCUGAUUAUUCUCUGUUUCCCACCUGUUAUCAAAAAUUUAACCUGGAGGAAAAUGAAUUAUGCAUUGUUAGUUAUGAUUUUAUUCACGGGUAUUUCCACAUUGGGAUUCAUUACUUGGGGGAAGAAAUCAUUCACUGGUCCUCUGAUUGACGAAGACUAUUUCGAAAUUAAUAAUAUGGAAAUGGCACGAAUUGAUACGUCAAAGUUUGUCAUUGCCGAUGAAGAAGACUUGGAGCAAGAUGUCAAGGAACACGAAGAAGAAGAUAUCGUAGAAAAUAAGCUCAAGGAGAUGCAGAAAAAAAGCAAGAUGAAGGGCAAUAAGAAAUAUCUUCCCUUGGAAGGAAAUUCUCGUGAAAGAGCUGAUAGUGAUUCCGAUACUAUUGAUGUACGAUUUCGAAAUAGUUUCCAGAACGAUAAUAAUAGUGACGAACAAACGUUAUUUGAUGAUGUGGAACAUAAACCCGAUGGUUCAUAA